CCAUAAAAUAUGAAAUAUAUGUAUUGAAACUCGCAUACCUGAGGUGGUUUGAUUGAAACUUUCACUUGAAGCUAAGCAAAUGAAACCACACACUAUGGUAGAGGAGUUUCCUGUGAGUCGGGGAGUGCGCACAGAGAAUCCGAGCAGUACAGUACAUAGGAAAUGACUCAUAGGAGUUGAACUGUUAGCGUGGGUGUGUGCGCUAUUAAAACAAGGCUCAGACUCCUCCGGGUGACUCACUCUGAUGCUCGCUUUUCCAUGCUGAAAACCAGCACGGAUUGUUAAUCAGAUGAACUUUCGGGAAUUGUGUAGCCGACAGCGAGCAGCUUUUUUCCCGCAGACAUCAUGGCUUCAAACGCUCUUUGCGCGCUCUGCGGACUUAUUAUAGCGGCUGUGAUCAAUCUGUACGGCGUGAGCGCACAGAAAAGUUCAUGUGGCAGUUUAGAGUUCUGGAACUCAGAUCUUGACGUCUGUGUGCCAUGUGCAUCAUGUAAGAAGUACCCAAAGACCCCGUCCUGCAACACCUGUAAAUCUGUGGAUGAGACCCCUGACGUGUGGAAACUGGCAGCCAUCACCAGCUUCUCAGUGCUGGCUGUGGUGCUCGUUGGUGCCGCGCUGAUCAUCGGGGUCAUGGUGCAUCGACGCAAGUCACACAAACGGCCUUUACGUGAACCCAUUGAGGAAACUGCGGGGCCACUUUAUCAAGCUUAAACAUUUCACCUCAUCUUCCUCUGGAAACAGAUGUGACAGAACCAAGGAGCAACUGCUUCAGAGCCGGACCGAGGAACAUCUGGACCAUGAACUGUGUACUCUGACUGCAGGGUAUCUCUUAGAAUUGGACCAUUUUAAUUUAUUAGACUGUUGAGAGACGAGACACGCUCAGUGUCGGUUGGACAGUGACCGCAGGAGCGACUCUCACACCUCUGUAGGGAAUAGUAACAACAUUAUAUUAUCAUUCUCAGAUAACGUGUGCCUUUAUACUCCACUUAAAUAACAUUUUGUGGGUUUACAGAUGUUUGAUUCAGAAAGAACUACAGUCCUUCCUUCAGUGAGAUGGAUGCUUUCCAAAUCCUGUCUUGUAUUUUCCAGCAGGACUCCGAUGAAUGUAACACAGCUACUGCUGCCUGCUGGGCUGCAGUUUGACCUCCUGCUAUUCAGCGGGGUUAGACAGGGUCUAUCUGCUGGUUAUUUACCACAACAGCCUCUAGUCACAUGUGAGUAAGACGUACUGUUUGGCACAUUAAGGCCAUUUGAAUGUAGCUACUUUUAGGUUAAAUGUAUUCUAGCUUCGUCCCUGCCAGUACCCGCUCUUUUAUCCGCCUGAUACAGUGAGAAAACUGUUGAUUAACUGAUCAAUCACUGUUACUGGUUCUCCUGAGACCGACAGAGACCCUGGUUAUUACAACAUUGUCUGUUUUAAUGUUACUAGCUGGAUUUUCCCCCAUCACAACCUCCAGAAUUCACACGUUACUGUCCCAGCACUCAUAGGACAGGAUGUUUGAAACACUAGACACACAACCCCAAACUGUUACCAUGUGGGAAUGUUGCGAGGAAUGUACUGUAGUGAAGGAAAUGACACCUACAGUGUUUUAUAGGUGGAGCUACACAAUCACUAUGCUUACUAACUCUGACCUGUUGAAUCGUUUCAGAUUUAAAAAUAUACGUCGAGAUGUCUGUUUGUAAUUAUGUAGCCUUUGAAAGCAGCAAGAGCCACGAUGGGUAGGGUUGUUGUUUUCCUUUUCUUUUUAUAGUUCAGGAUGUUUUUUAGCUGCAAAGCAUCAACAGUAUGUGGUUACUGAUGGUUUUUUAUGUCACUGACAAUGUUUCAGGUCAUGUUUUGGAUCUGUCUGCUUGUGGGUGAACUGCGUGCCCUCUGGCAUCAAAAUUAAGAAAUUCCUUAAAAUACACACACUUCCUCUUUCCUUUUAUAAAAAAUAAUUUUAUAUUAUUUAUUUUUAAGUAUCUCGCAGUGUUGUUUUGCAUCAACUGCGAGUGUCAAGCACAUUUUUAAAGGGACUCCAGUGAAGAUUUUUGGAACUUCCACCAGGCCAGCUGACUACGUUACUGAGCAAUAACUAACAUUUUCUGCUUCUUUCUCUUGCUUUCUCUUUCUAGUUGUAUAUACUGUACAUGCACUGGCUUCUUUUACUUAAUGCAACCUUAUAGACUGCUUUGUGUACCAAAUGUAUUUUCACAAUAAAACUGACAACUUCCAAUAAUAAUGCAAGUCUUGUUCAUAUGCAAACUCCUCUGUAACAGUUAUCUUAAGCAUCUCAAUAUAUAUAUAG